CUGACUUGUUUCCCCUCAUUUCAGAUACCACAUUCUGCCUGUUCUACCGUGAACGACGCGAUAUUCCAAACUACGCCGUUCAAAUUGCACAAACUGGACAGUGGUCCCGGAACCGAAAUCAAACUUCAUCGAGAUGAGGCACUAAAAUACUAUCGAAGCAUGCAAACGAUCCGUAGGAUGGAAACUACUGCUAGUAACCUGUACAAAGAGAAGCAGAUUCGAGGAUUUUGUCAUUUGUAUUCCGGCCAGGAAGCAUGCUCCGUGGGAAUGAGAGCCGGCAUGCGAGACGAUGAUGCAGUGAUUACAGCAUACCGAUGUCACGGCUGGUCUUACAUGAUGGGCGUGCCGGUGAAGCGAAUACUUGCUGAACUGGCCGGAAGAUAUACUGGCAUGAGCCGCGGAAAGGGCGGAUCUAUGCAUAUAUACAACAGCGCAUCGAAUUUUUAUGGCGGAUGCGGAAUAGUCGGAGCGCAGGUACCGGUAGGUGCGGGAAUCGCAUUUGCUUUCAAAUACCGCAAAGAAGAUCGAGUGUGCAUUACGUUGUACGGUGACGGGGCGGCUAACCAGGGGCAAUUUUUUGAAGCCACAAACAUGGCGAAAUUGUGGAACCUGCCGUGCAUCUUUGUCUGCGAAAAUAAUGGUUAUGGUAUGGGCACCUCGGCAAAACGUUCGUCAGCUUCAACCGAGUACUAUGCUCGCGGCGAUUACGUGCCAGGAAUAUGGGUAAAUGCAAUGGACGUACUUGCGGUAAAAGAAGCAACGCUAUGGGCUGCUGAUUACUGUCGCAAGGGCAACGGUCCGAUUGUCAUUGAAAUGGCAACGUACCGGUAUUUCGGUCAUAGCAUGAGCGACCCAGGCACAAGCUAUCGAACGCGUGAAGAAAUUCAGCAGGUUCGCAAAUCCCGGGACUGCAUCACCGGAUUUAAGGACAAAAUAUUGUCGGUCAAUCUCACAACAGAAGAUGAACUAAAGAAGUAUUAG